GGAUAUUUUCAUAGGCGAUUUUGGACGUUAUCGAUCGGUAGCUAAGGAGCUCACGCGUUCUCUGGACGUAGUGAAAAUGUAUGAUGCACCUGCCCACCCAUUUCCAGAGACUGCCUUCAAUGAGAAGUGGAACGUCAACGAUACAUGGUGCAUUGUCCAGCUCAGCUUCGUCCGUUUAUCUCGCCAUUGAAUACUAUGGGACCAAGCUUCUUGUGGUCGAGCGAGCCGUCAAGAAGAAUGACAUCAGCUCCAAAAUAGUCCGCUAUCUUGGAGAGUGCACGGGCAACGAUCUCACGAGCGUGAACGUCACAUCAAUGAAAGGGAGACUGGAGGCGAUCUGGAGGGCCGAGAAUGUCAUUGACCCGUUGCUAUACCGCCCGGGUUUCGAGUCCACACAGGGUCAUCGCAAUAUUGGUGCUGAUAUACCUAUGCUUACGAGCGUCGGCUCCCCGCGUCAGGUCGGUACCGUAGCUCACCCUCAGGUUCACGUCUGGCAGUAUCUUCCGUUCGCCCAUGCCUAUGCAGGCAAGGACAAGUCACAGCGCGUCUGUUCGAUAGGAUGAGCAACAUUAUAGGAUGGUAUUACAAGCACUGUGCACGGAGGAUAUUUGAAUUUGAGAAUAAAUGGAGGAUGACGCGAUGCGCCCAGGGAGUUGACACAAUGAACUACCUUCAUUCCUGGUAUUGCGGCCAGAUGAUAAAUCAGGCACCAAGACGCGGCUGAACGUACCUAAAUCAAGGCCUGCGUUGAGGGUUGAGCACAGCAGAGAGGUUUGCAUAUACGCGGGAUCGCAGAGUUCGAACAACUUGACUACUCACCGGCAAAACCCCCCACUUUUGCCUGCGCAUCCACCACCCAAAUCAUUUCCCUCAUGUCCGGUAGCACCGUUUCCAAUAGUAGUUACUCAGAGUACCCGGAAUUUUAUACUCAAACAGUCACUUUCCUCGCAC